GGUGAUUCCGCUCUUCGUCAUGAUCACCUUUGUGUUUGUCAUGUUCGCAUUCGCAGUUAUCGCGAACUUUAUCUCCAGCAGCGUGUUGAUAGGCCUAUGCUGCGCAGGCGCUUUAGUGUGCUACAUUUACGAUCAAUUUUUCCAAGCCUUUGCGGAUUCGCCGCUUCAAUGGCUCCAUAUUCUUGAUCUGAAGCGCGCAUUCGGCCCCAUUACUUCCGUCCAAAUCCUUGUACUGGUGCCAUUCGUCUUUGCAUCCAUCGCCAAUGAGAUCCUCGUCAAAGACCUCUUCGUCAGGCAAACAGCAUGGUACGGGAUCGUGUACAUCGUUUUUAUGUUCUUGGCGAAGCUCGCGGCUGGCGGCGUUCUCUUGUCCUUCGAUCCCAUGACCAUGCUAUGGACCUGGGUUAGCAAAACAACGCCUAAAGGUCAUAGAGGCGAGCGCGAGACGGAGUUAAGAGACGACGAAGCUUUUUCGCUGCCGCCUGGCGUCGAAGAUCGACGUGCAGCUGCUCCUUCAGACCCAAUGGGCAGUGCUUCCAAUGUACCACAAUUUUACGCGUCAACCGUACCGAAUCACAUGCACGCGCCAGUGCCCACGACGCUAUCAUGGUCGACAGCGUCGGCUCACCUCGAAUUGUCGCUCGUUGCACGCGGCGACAUCAGAUUCCUCAUCAUUAAUUACCCGAUCAGGCCGGAUCAUCGGCGAUACCGAAGAUUCUGUCUCGUCCGAGGCAUUUAAUGCUGCCAUUUGAGCCAUCAUCAGUAACACAUUUCAUGGGCCCAUCUCUGUUGGCUUGCUGCUGACGUACACGAGCAUGGGAAGGUAGAUCACGGCUGGUCGCUGGGGCUAAGGAUGUGAUCACACAUGCUUGGUGCAUGGACCUUUUCUCAAUGUAUA